UUCAUCCACGGAACCGAUGAUUCUGUGAAUUUAACUUUACGCCAAGAAGUAUCAUAAAAGAGAGAUUGCUUCAAGAGACUCACUGGAGGUACCAAACGGAGCUGCCAUGUCGGUGACUGUUCAUGAGAAUCGGAAAUCCCGCACCAGCACAGGCUCCAUGAACAUCUCACUGUUCCACAAGCCUUCCCAUCCCGACAGUGUUCUGACCCACCUGAACACGAUGAGGAAACAGUGCAUGUUCACUGAUGUCACUCUGUGGGCCGGAGAUCGUUCUUUCCCGUGCCACAGGGCAGUCCUUGCGGCAUGCAGUCGUUAUUUUGAGGCAAUGUUCAGUGGAGGACUACGAGAAAGCCUGGACAGUGAUGUCAAUUUCAGAGACAGUAUACAUCCUGAGGUCUUGGAGCUUCUGCUGGACUUUGCCUAUUCUUCUCGAGUCAUCAUAAACGAGGAGAACGCCGAGUCACUGUUAGAGGCGGGCGACAUGUUGCAGUUUCAUGACAUUCGGGAUGCAGCAGCAGAGUUUCUAGAAAAAAACCUGCAUUCCUCCAACUGCCUGGGGAUGAUGCUGUUAUCAGACGCUCAUCAGUGUAAAAGACUAUACGAGCUGUCAUGGCGCAUGUGUCUGCUCCACUAUGAGACGGUAAGAGAAUCAGAGGACUUCUACAGCCUGUCUAAAGAUAAACUGCUGGAGCUGAUUCUUAGUGAUGAACUGGAGAUAGAAGAUGAACAGGUUGUGUUUAACUCUGUGAUGCGGUGGGUUCGAUACGACUUGGAGGGUCGGCGUCUCCAUUUACCAGAGCUGUUGAGGGGCAUCAGGUUGGCUCUGCUGCCGUCUGAAUGUUUGCUGGAAGCUGUAGCUUGUGAAGAGCUGGUUAUGGCUGACAAGAGGAGCAGGUCAAUAGUGGAAGAGGCAAUGCAGUGUAAGAAGAAAAUCCUUCAAAAUGAUGGAGUGGUGACGAGUCCAUGUGCCAGACCACGCAAGGCAGGACACACGCUGCUUAUACUGGGAGGCCAGACCUUCAUGUGUGACAAAAUAUAUCAGGUGGACCAUAAAGCCAAGGAGAUCAUACCUAAAGCAGACCUUCCCAGCCCCAGAAAGGAAUUCAGUGCAUGUGCCAUCGGCUGUAAGGUUUAUGUGACGGGAGGAAGAGGAUCAGAGAACGGAGUGUCGAAGGAUGUCUGGAUCUAUGAUACUGUCCAUGAAGAGUGGUCUAAAGGAGCUCCCAUGCUGAUAGCCAGGUUUGGCCAUGGUUCAGCUGAGUUGGAAAACAGUCUGUAUGUUGUCGGAGGGCAUACAGCAAUAGCCGGAGUUUUCCCUGCCUCUCCAUCUGUCUCCCUAAAACAGGUAGAGCGGUACGACCCUCUCAGCAAUAAAUGGACUAUGAUGGCACCUCUAAGAGAUGGCGUCAGCAAUGCAGCCGUGGUCAGUGCCAAACUGAAGCUGUUUGUUUUUGGGGGGACAACCAUACACAGAGACAAGGCUUCCAAGGUCCAGUGUUAUGACCCCGUGGGCAAUAGAUGGAACAUUGCAGCUGAAUGCCCCCAACCGUGGCGCUACACGGCAGCUGCUGUCUUGGGGAGCCAGAUCUUUAUUAUGGGUGGCGACACUGAAUUCACUGCUGCCUCUGCUUAUCGCUUUGACUGUGAAACCAAUCAGUGGACUCGUGUGGGUGACAUGACGUCGAAACGGAUGAGCUGUCAUGCCGUGGCUUCAGGAAAUAAGCUGUAUGUGGUUGGUGGUUAUUUUGGGACACAGCGGUGUAAAACAUUGGACUGUUAUGACCCCACAUCAGACAGUUGGAACUCCAUCACCACUGUGCCUUAUUCACUGAUCCCCACUGCCUUUGUCAGCACAUGGAAACACCUGCCUGCCUAACUUGGCCACACCAGGACCUACUCAUCAAAGGAAGAGAAACCCUGAGUUGCUGUCCUGCGGUCAGAGGCUGGGCUGAGACGAGAGCAGCAUACAGGACCAAUCCUUACAAAAACGAGCUGCACCUCACGGACUGAAUCGGUUCUGAGUGGUGUGGUCAACAAGCCAACAGCACACCACUCAGGUCUUAACACACAAAGAGACAAUUAUACAAAAUAUGACGCAACCUAGAUAAUGUGAUACAACUCAAACAGACACUUUGAUGAACCUAACUGAUGCACAGAUGCUUUUAUCAGCUGAUGGAGCCCUCGUACAACCGAUGAGUAGUUGUGCGUGUGUGGGUGUGUGUGUUUCUUGAUGAGUCAUGAAAUCCACUACUAAACCAUUCCAGUGUGAAGACAUAAAGCUGUAAGAGCUGCCAAAUGACAUUUACUUCAGUACUUUCCCUUAAAAAUACAGCAAAAUAAAGUAAAUGUACGACCCAAGUCCCAUGUUCCACAUUGACUAUGUUAGUAUUACAAACACAUUUGCACUCAUACAGGAUGAAGUGAGUUUCCAACAAGAGAGAAGCCAAGCUGCUGUCUUUUUGUCAUCUCCUUGAAGAAAACUCAUUUCUUAGGGGUUUGCACAAGUUUUGGUACACAUUUAACGGUCAAUUACGGUAACCGUAAGAGAAUCUGGCUCAACAGCAUUUGAUUGGACGCAUUGUUUUUCAUGGGACUUGAAAGUUAACGGUCAGCUCUCAGGGGAAUAACCGAAAAAUUGUAUUUGUCUAAGUUCCAAAAACUCUGUCUUCAAAAAUCCAUGAGAAAAUAUCAAUUUCAUACAUAUAAUAGCUGCAUAUGUAGCUUUGAAAACAAACUUGACACAUGAAAAUGUUAUGCUUAUUAAACAUGAUUAGCAAUUUGUCUUGCUUUAGUGUUCACUGUUCAUUUUAGAACCGUGUACAUUCAAUUAGGCUGAUUGGAAGUCACAGUUGUACUCUAUCGUUUCAGUGAUAGGUGUGUUCACUUUUGUUGCAUCGAGUUUGUAUUUUAAAUAUAGUCCGACUGAAGUGUUUGUUUUUGAUUGGUCACGAGAAGGAACUUAGAAUUAAUGCAAUUAUUGAGAGAUACAAUUGUAAAUCAUGUGACGCAAGUCAUCGUCAAGCAUUCCACACAAACUUGAAUCUGUCAUUUAUGUAUUCACUACGCAUACGGGCAGUUUUCUACUACAUAGUAAUAGUAAUAUUGAGUUGUAAGUCCAUGUUAUCAAUUCUCACUAAAGAUUCAGACACACUACAUGCAAUGAAUAGGCAAUGUAGUCGAUUACACAGUGACCACUUCUGUUAAGUAUUACUGUUCGGCGAUUCACGGCCAGAGCUUACCUGACUGUUAACAAGCAUUUUAGCACAAGUCAACACUAAAAAAAAAACAUUGAACGUUCCAUCAUGAAUCUUAGGGUGAAGGCUGUAGUCUGAAAACUGGAGCCCAAACAAUCUUUUAAAAUAAUUUCCUUCUUACAUUUUUUUUUUUUUUUUAUGUGUGUGCCAAAGUGUUUUGCUCAGCUCUACAACUGCAUUUUUCAAUAAGUUACGCCAAGCGAAAGUGUUACUAAAUCCACUCUAGAGUGUGAUCUGUGGAUUUGAUUCAGAUACACAUUUGACAGUUUACUGUAUAAAGUUGCACAUGCUGUCCUUAGUAUUUCCAGUAGCAUGUUUUAGUGUUCAAGGAAUGUGUGAAACUGAAAGAUAACAUUAGAAUUGUGGGAUCAGAUUGGUAUUGCUAUAUCAGUCAUAGAAACAUAGGUUUAAUGUCCAAAAACACAGUGUUUGUGGUUUUAUUGGACGAAUAUGAGAAGCACAGAACAGCUUUAUGUUUAACAUGUCCUGCAGAAACCAUCGCUGCCAAAGUGCUGUGGAACAAGAAGCUGAAGUUUAAUUUGUUUUUCUUUAUAAUACCUAUGCAAUUUUGAUAUAUUUAUCAAUGCAGCAUCAGCAGUGCUUUGUCUUUGUCCCACGAGUGUAAACUAGUACCUGCAUGCUGGAGAUAACACCAGCUGUCACACUAUACAAACUGGCACAACAUGGAUCUUCAAGGUUUCUGCAGCACACAGAUACAUCGUGGCUGAUAUAUUGUAUUGUCUUUGUGGUACUGUACAGUAUUUGCAGGUGUUGUCAUUCUGAUAUUCUUCAACUGAUCAAAGCUGUUGUGACAUUUUUUGAGUUGCGUUUCCCUGGAUUUGAUUUACUUUCUCAAGUUGGAUUUCUGCUCAGAAGUAAAGAUGUUCUAGAAUACUCUUAAGCAUGAUCCUAAUGAUUAAUGAAAUCAGAGGUGAGAAAGAACAUGUUUUUUUUUAAAGAAGUGAACAUUUUUGAAAAGAUUUGGGAGGUUAAAAACGAAGUGAAAGAAUAAAAGUGUAAGGUGCUGUUUGUUUUUACUGGUGACAAUAAACAUUGACUCACUUUGUAAAA